AUGUUGCAGCAGAUCCUGCGCGACAUGUGGGUGGACCCGGAGAUCCUCGCAGAACUCGACGAGACGCAAAAGCAAACACUCUUCUGCAAAAUGCGUGAGGAACAGGUGCGUCGUUGGCAAGUGUGGGACGAAAAAGUGAGCAAGGAGGAAGUUGAAAGGCCCAAAUUUCAUGCGCCCGGUAAGAAGCAAGUGCAGUUCCUAAAAGGCGAGGAUGGUGAACCUUGGGUGUGGGUGAUGGGUGAACAUCCCAACGACCAGUCAAUCGAGGACAUUCUAGCGGAGGAAGCCCGGCAACGUGCAAUGACCCAGGCGCGGCAGGAAGCUCAUCAGCUCAGAAAGUCCGUUGAGAAGGAACUCACACAUCUCAUCGAGUACCAGCCUCUAGACACGUUAGAACAGAAAUUCGAUUUAUCACCUAAAAAUGUUGACUCUCUCGAAGACGCUUUAGACCUAUACUGCUCAGUGGACGAACUCCGAGCAAGAAUUGAAGAGUUGGAGCCCGAUGUUACGUCACCCAAGGAUCUAAAUAAGGCUGAUUACGACGACAGCAUCAAACUUGAUCUAACCAAAAACACAAUGCACUUUAAUUUUAUUGAAGGCAAGCGGGAAGUUAUAGAUGAGGCGGGCAUGUGCGGUGGCGUGGCGGAGGGCGUGGGGCCGCGCGUGGCGGCGUGGGAGCGGCGCGUGGCGGCGGCGCGCGCCGGCGACAUCCUGCGCGGCCUGCGCGCCCGCCGCGCCCGCACGCUGCGCGACGCGCACCGCUCCACGCACCACCUGGACGCCGUGUGGCGCGACCAGGAGCGCAAAGCUAAGGAAGCGGAAGCAGCUAUGAGACAGAUUGCACGAGCAGCUCGCGAGGCUCACCGUCUUAGCACAGAUAUCACACCGCCCCCAUGCCCUACGCAAGCGGGAAAACCUCCGAAUCGCGAGGCUGUAGUGGAAUGGUUCAAAACUCAAGAGCUCAAGAAAGGCGUCGGAAUGGAUGAAAAUAACAAACCAGUCGACUGGUUUCACGGCCUGAUCUCUCGGUCGGAAGCAGAACAACUGCUAAGCCCGUGCCCAGCGGGCAGCUUCCUAGUGCGCGUGUCGGAGCGCGUGUGGGGCUACGCAGUGUCGUACCGCGCGGAGACGCGCUGCAAGCACUACCUGGUGGAGGCGGAGCGCGGCUACCGCCUGCUCGGAGCCGCCAGCCGCGCGCACCGCUCGCUAGCUGACCUUAUUGCCUACCACAAGUCGGUCGCCAUCACAGAGAGUGGUGGCGAAUUACUCUCAACACCGUGCCCACCAGAACAGCCUCCAGUCUUCUAA